AUGGGUCAACUUGGUUAUUGUGUCUAUGAUCUCACCACGCAUUGUAUUUUCACUAGUCGGGAUGUUAUAUUCCGUGAAUAUAUUUUUCCUUUUCAACAAGAAUCUUCUCCAUCUCCUUGGCCAUCCAUCCCUGUCCCAAAUGUAAUUCCAGAUUUCUCUAUGCCUGAAUCUGGUUUCCCUGUAAUGGAUACUUCUCCAUCAACUGCUAUUCCAACUGUGGUUUCAGAUUCCUCUUCUUCUCCCAUAUCUUCUAAUCCUCCUCCACGGCAUUCUAUGUGUCCACAUGUUCCAUCUUCCAAACUGCAGGAUUAUAUUUACACUGCUGCUGAAUGUACGUCAUCACCACUUCCACAUUUCCUCUCCUUCAAGCCUCCCCCAGGUAAUCCCUAUCCCAUUCAACACUUUCUCUCUUUUCCUUGUUUUUCUACUGCACCCAGGGCUUUCAUUGCUUUUGUCUUAUCUGAUGAGGAACCUAAGUCCUUCACUCAAGCAAAUAAGGUGCCAGUGUGGCGUGAGGCUAUGGCUACUGAGAUGAAAGCUCUUGAAUUGAAUAACACUUGGAUAAUUCGGCCCCUUCCUAAUGGAAAAUGGGCCAUUGGAUGCAAAUGGUUGGUUACCAUCCGAGGCCUUGUUACUAUUGCUACAGCCAAAAAUUGGUUCUUAUAUCAACUUGAUGUACAUAAUGCCCUUUUGGACGAAGAGGUUUAUAUGCAAAUCCCACCUGGGUUUCAAUGUGAGGGGGAGAACAUGUCCACUGCAGAUUAUUCAUUCUUAACAUUCAAAUGUGGUGAUCUUCUCACCGUUGUUCUUGUAUAUGUAGAUGAUAUCAUCAUCUCAGGGACUCGGUUUCCUAUGGAACAACAUUUGAAGUUCCCUUCUACUCAUGGCACUUUACUACCUGAUCCUGCUACUUACUGUCAAUUGGUUGGUCGCCUUAUUUACCUCACUAUAACUCGGUCAGAUUUGACAUUUGUUGUUCAUGUUCUCAGCCAACUUAUGCAUCAACCACAUGUCUCACACCUCUCUGCUGCCCAUCGUGUGUUCCAAUAUCUCAAAGGAUCACCAAGUCAAGGGCUUCUUAUGUCUUCAGCUAGCUCUUUUACCAUCUCAGCUUAUUGUGAUUCUGACUGGGCAAGAUGCCCUCUUACUCGCCGUUCCACUUCUGGGUACAUUACGUUUCUUGGAUCAAGUCCGAUUUCCCAGCAAACCAAAAAGCAAUCAACAAUUUCCCGUUCUUCUGCUGAGGCAAAAUACCGAUCCAUAGCUACAGCUUCUUGCGAAUUGACCUGGCUCAAGAACUUGUUUGCUGAUCUUGGUAUAUCUCACUCUGAUCCAGUGCACCUCUACUGUGAUAAUAAAGCGUCCAUUCACAUUGUUGCCAACCCAGUCUUCCACGAGCGCACCAAACAUAUCGAAAUAGAUUGCCACCUUAUACGGGAGAAGAUUCAACGGGGUCUUAUACGCAUCUUCUAUGUUAGCAGCCCUGCUCGACGUGCAUAUAUCUUUACGAAGGCCCUCGGUUUAACCCAAUUUCAUUCCAUUCUUCACAAGCUGGGUGUAUAUCCUCCAUCUCAGCUUGAGGGGGAGUGUUGA